GUUCUGUUCGAUUUCCUACAACACAAAGGGACAAGGUCUGACAUGGUGCAAGAAAGACAAAUAUUUGCAGUGACCAUUUCUCUUGCCAAUCUUUGGGAUAGGAUAGGAAGAGCAAGGGUAUGUGAAGUCCAGAAUAGGAGAGUCAUAAGACCUACAAAGGAAAGACCAACUGUCACUCUUGAACAGCUCCUGGGCAGCAGAACGGAGAGGCCGGGGAGGUCAGGGAGGACCAUGCGUUCGCUCUCCGCCCCAGAUUGUGUCUCUGAGAAGGAACAACGAGUGCACAGCAUCAUCCGGUUCUUGCCGCAAGUGGGAAGCUACUAUAACCUUGGGACAGCUUUCUAUUACGCUGCCCUGAACUGCACCGCCCAGGCCUGGGAGCGAGGACAGGAAGCGGGACUGGACCUGGGCUACGAUUUCCUUGUGGGACUGAUGGGAGUAGUGGGGGGCCCUGUAGGGAUAGUGGCCGGUGUCGCACUUAGACCAGUGGUCAAAUCUGAGGCUCGGAAGCUGAUCGAGUAUUACUCCAGCAGCAAGGCGUUGGGAAGCACAGCUCCAAGCUGGCAGGACUGGGGAGUCAGCCCGGAAACGGGCAGCAGCGCGAAGGAAGACUACGGCGUGAGCAGCGGCACACCUGUGGCUGACCCAGUGACGGAAGCCGCCUCCCUGUGGGACUGGGGGCCAUUCAAGAUCUGGGGGUAGAGGAGAAGCCGCAAGCGCCGCCGCUGAGCUGGGGAGGGGGCGCGACGGUUUGUCGGGGAGGGGCAGAGCUUCGGGCUCCCACGGCGUGCCCGCCGAGGCCCGCAGCAUGAAGCGCAAGUGCCUAAUAAAUGCAGCCCGGUCGCCCCGUGCCUGUGCUUGAUAAAUGGGGAAGGACGGGGCUUGUACCCCUCUCCGUCCUCCCUGCAGAGCUGAAGCUGCGCUAGCUCGCGCCCCACUGAGGGGUUCUGUCGUUGCUUGGCGUGACCUCUUUGGGGGUUCCUGGGCACAAACGUGCAGGCGGCGCCCGGGCCGCCUCUGCCCGAGGCCGGACUGGAACUCGGGAAGAUGCGUCAGGGAGACCUUGGAUACCGCGCCACUCGGCGGGCAGCUCUCAAGCCUUCCCUCGCUUGACUGACAGCCCCUGGUCCACCCUAGUUUCAGAAAAACUCCUUUUCCCCAAGAGCUCCGCCUCAAUUCCCGGAAAGUUUUCUCCACCCUUGCGUAAUCUUCCACUUUUCAUUGGGCUAUUCUUCCAGGAGAACCCCCUCCCGCCGCAGAAAAGCGGGGCGGAGUUGUCUCGCCCUCCGUCCAAUUGCUGCAGGCGGGAGGCGGGGCUUUCUCC